GCAACACCGCGCGGCUAAGAAAGCGUAUUCCUCGCUUCGAUUAUCCGGUCAUCGGUGGAACAACUUCGUUGAGCGUCAAUAAAAAGUUAUUCAGUGAAAAAACAUUAUAUUCGCCGAAUUUGUUGUAUGCUCCGUGGUGGACUCAAGCAAUCCAAAAUUUCACACAAAAUCAACAUGAAGAAGAAUAAGGACGUGUCUGACGACGAGGACGAGUACUCCGCGGACGAUCCCGAGGAAGUCGAGGGAGCAUCAGAGGAGGAUUGGACUCCUGAGCUUGGUGUCGAGGGUGGAACGAAGAAGAGGUCACAAAGGGGUGCGAAAAAAAGACAACAUUCUGAAGAGGAAGAGGAAGAAGAGGAGGAGGAGGAUGAAGAGGAGGACGAGGAAGAUGAAGAGGAGGAUGACGAAUCCGAUGAGGAGGAUUCCGCCAAGAAACCUAAGAAAAAGCGACGCUCUAAAAAAGAGGAGGACGACGAGGAUGACUCUGAUGACAACAAUUUUGAUGAUACCUCAGGAAUUCCAGCUAAAAGCUACACUUCUGGAGCAUUUGUCGUCGCAAAAGCAGAUGUUGGAGGCGACACCGAUCCGACUCUGUGGAGGAUAGAUGGAAAGGCUCUUUUACAGAAAUAUGUGCCAUUCAAAGAACAGGGAAAAACUCUUUAUAGAGGCACAUCUACGUACUCUGGAUGGUGCGCGAAUCAUAAAGACAGGUACUUGGCGGCACAUGUGAGCUUCAAGGUGCAGAACAGAAGCGAGACCGUCGUUGAACUUCACCUUAUUGAAGAGCAACCAGAAACCGUAAAGGUAGAUAAGGAAGGGUAAAUAUUGUUGGAAUAUGUCUUCACCUCCAUCAUUUUCUGUUUAUUUUUGACGUUCUACUUGGUGAAACAACUUGGUACAUCGAUGAAACCAAAGGAAUUAAUGUCGCACUUUCUUUUUUUUGUAUGAAUCUUACCCCAUGAUUUUUCAAUAAAGUGAAUGCCCUUUUAUGACGAAAGAGAACAUUGAAACUUUUAUGUCAUUAAUUUUCGCAUCAAUAUGUUGUUCGACAAAAGUUCAGCAGAAACGCCAUAUUAAUUCACUGCUAGUGAAGCUACUUGCAAAUCAUAGGUACACACAGUUGUUCUAUUGUUAAUGAAAAAUAAUAUCACGAAUGUUAAGUGUACUCCAAACUUGGUCAUAUAUUGCUGAUACAAAAUUAAGACUUCGAAAAAUGUACCUUUUGUUUCCAUCCGUGUAUUCAAUCAAUUAUUGUAACAUGAUUAACAAUGUCAUUUUUUAAAAUUAGCAGUAACAUUAUGAUAAUCGUAUAUGACUCAACAUGGAUCAAGUCUUGUUUCUAAAAAAUUACUGAGUGAGUGAACAAAAUAUAAUCUUUUUGUGUUUUUCCGUUCUUAUUCGAAUAAAAACUGUGAAAAUAUGAA